UUAACUGUCCUGUGAACACACAUUUGGCUUUCCCACCAGUGACGGUGCAAGUCAAUAUUAUGUAGGCUACUUUAAUGCUGUUGUCGCAAUCUUUCUUUGCGGAAGCUUGACGUCAAUCUAUAUAUAAAUAUAUAAAAAAUAACCGACAACCGACACUCGUGACUUUUAUGCAUUCCACGUGUGUCGUUCAACUGGGAUACACACACAACUUUGAUCUCGUCUGGAGAAAAUGGAAACAUACAGCCCUGUCAGGUGUGAAAGGAAUUGUGAAACAGAAGGUCCUCCUGCAUUGCCCCUGCGCAAAUAGAAAUGUGAGAGAGACAAUUAUCUGGCAGCUAGAAGAGCAUACCAUCGUACUCCGUCAUGAUGGAAGUAAUAACCACACAACCAUAGGGAUGAGAUAUGAAAACAGGGUCAGUCUCUUUCUAAAUGAAGAGAAGGACAACUGUUCGCUGCUCCUCUCAGGCAUCACUAUGGCAGACAACGGGACGUACAAAUGCUCCUUUACAGCCAACGCUUUUGUCUACGAAAAAGUAAUUCUACAUGUGGCUGCGAGCUACAGUGUCUGUAUGGACCUCGUCUCAGACCAGGCUUCGGUGAGUUCCGGAGGGGGAGAGGAAUCGAGGGUGUACCAGUGUAAAGCCUCUGGGGGCUAUCCAGAGGGCCAGAUUCACUGGGAGCUGGAAGGACAUCCUCUGGUGAACCCCUCCAGGAGGGAUGUGACCCACCUGGACAACAUUACAGGACUCUACAGCCUGACCAGCAACCUGACCAUCGAGCUGAGUGAGGGUGAAACACUGCAAUGUGUGGUGGAGAACACAGCCUUGGCCUCCAACCUCACCUCCAACUCCAGCUGCAAUCAAAAGUCUAUGCCCCAGGGAGAUAUCGGUCAUUAUAAAGUAGAGGUUGCAGCAGUUGUGGCUGUCAGCCUGAUUGUGAUUUUUAUUGUGGGAGUCCUGCUGGUGUUCUUACUAACUAGAUGUCGCCGACAUGAAAGGUCAAUGAGAGACACAGAGAGGCAGGAAAGAGGCGUGACCCAUUCGUUUAAUGUGUAUGAAGAUGACUCUGCCUGAAUGUGUGAAGCGUCUCCCCCCUCUGAUGCAACAAUCUCUCUUCAACUGGCAGACAACAAAAUGGAGGGAUGAUGAUAAGAGGAACUGAAACUUAAAAUAAGGCCUGUGUUCAAUGUAGAACUUGGAGCAACAUUGAGCAAUGUGUUGUGCCGUCAUGUCUGAACUAUUCUUUGUUGUGUUGUGCAAAGAGGCAAACGGCGCCUGAAAGUGGUUAAUCAUGGUUUUCCCUAGUUCGCUGACACUGAACUGAACCCUGAGUUACGAAUAUGAUGACGAGAGCAGAGUACAAAAUGUGGCCAUGGAGACAAGGUUUAGGAACUAAAAGAGAAGAGAAGAACAGCAUGAUGGGAGAAAUGACUGUGGUCAAUGGACCGAAUGUGAGCUAGACUCAGUGAAUGAAGCCCCCCCAAAAAAGGGAGCCUGUGUAUUGCAAUUGUAGAGUUUACUCACUUCUUAAAGUACAGGUGCUUUCAUAUUUCUAAGAAGAGUAACAGCUGAUACAUGACUGAACAGCCAUCGUUGUCUUUAUGCAUUUUGUAUACUGCAUGUUCCUGGUGUUGGUCUAAUGUAGAUAUGUCUGCUCUAAACAAGAUAUCCCUAUGUUAAUGUCAAACUGAUAUGGGGGAGCCCCUACUGUGCUUUUAAAACCCCUUAAAAUGUCACUGGUCACAUUAUAAGGAAGCUGCAGUAGGAAGUGACUACUUUGCUGAACCAUUUGAAUCAUGCUGAGGAUUCAAACAAUUUGGUUUUAUGUUAGACCAAAUGAUUAGUUUUCAUGUAAAUAGUCAAUGACGUUAUUUUACUUAGAAUUGUGAAUUUAAUUCUCUGAAUGUGUGAAGAAUUGGACAUGUUAAUUGCUUAUUGUUAUGUAGCUUGCUGUGAACUUAGAGACCAUGUCAUGGGAUGACAAAUGUCAAGGAUUAUUCAAUUUACAAAUGUCAAGCAAAUUAUCUGGUUACUCCAGUUUAAAGGUCUUCACAGGUCCACCUGAAUACUCCAGACCUGACUUGGGUCCGAAAUGAAAUCUUUUUGUUCUGGUCUGGGUCAUGUCCUGUUUGAUUGUCAUCAGGUGUCAGGUCUAUGUACAGUAAGCACAGAUGAUAGACCUGAGUGGACUCGAAUGGACCCGACCAAGGCUUUGCAUAGCCUAUAGAGGGCUUUACAUACAAUGCCUCCUGGUGGUCAUGUUGGAAGACCACGGCAUUAAUUAUUCAGUUCUGACAAUAACAGCCAAGUGACUACACCAAACUGCAUGAUAACAGUGGCCAGUGCCGACCCGUCAUUCAGGGCAGGUGGGGCUUUUGAGACCCACAUUUUUAGAAAAAAACAUUUUUGGCGGGCCUUGCCUGUUUUGCAUGUUAUAUUGGCAUUAAUAUGUGUCACAUAUCAGUUUGCAAACAAUGUAAAAAAUGUAAACACUUCCGUUCAAACGUUUGGGGUCACUUAUAAAUAUCCUUGUUUUUAAAGAAAUACAGUAUAGACAUUGUUAAUGUUGUAAAUGACUAUUGUAGCUGGAAAAGGCAGAUUUUUAUUGGAAUAUCUACAUAGGUGUACAGAGGCCCAUUAUCAGCAACCAUCACUCCUGUGUUCCAAUAUAGAUCAAACGUAACGGUGCUCGUCGGCCAUUGGACAUAAACAUUACACAACAAGUUGGAAAUUGCAAAUUCAACAAUGAGUGGUUUGUAAGGAAGUGAGUACAACCAGGUGAUACUUUAUACUGAUGCAUGAAUGAUGUAAUAUGCCAGGGAGUUAUGUAUACUGUAGCUAAGAAAGUAAUACUACGUGUGUGGUGUGUAGUAAGCUGUUAGUACCCCAUGUGCCUCACGUUAAUCAUUUGGUCCCUUUUUCCCUCUUUCGCCUACUGUUCUGACUUGGUGGUGCACAUGUAGUCUAUAGCCUGUUUUAGAGAAAUGUAAUCAUAGAAUAUUAUAAGAGCUUUCAUUGUCUGCUUAUUUGGCCCCGUUAUUUAUUCUACGUUUCUGACUUGAUGUACAAAGAGAAUAUUGUAAAAAUGCCCAUUAUCUGUCGCUGUAUACUGCAUGUUCCUGGUGUUGGUCUAAUGUAGAUCUGUCUGGCCUAAACAAGAUUUCCCUCUGUAAAUGCCAAACUGGUAUGGGGGAGCCCCUACUGUGCUAUUAAAACCCCUUAAAAUGUCACUGGUCACAUUAUAAGGAAGCUGCAGUAGGAAGUGACUACUUUGCUGAACCAUUUGAAUCAUGCUGAGGAUUCAAACAAUUUGGUUUUAUGUUAGACCAAAUUAUUAGUUUUCAUGUAAACGAUGCCUCCUGGCGGUCAUGUUGGAAGACCACGGCAUAAAUUAUUCCGUUCUGACAACAGAACUGGUGACUACACCAAACUGCAUGAUAUCAGUGGCGAGUGCCGACCCGUCAUUCAGGGCAGGUGGAGCUUUUGAGACCCACAUUUUUAGAAAAAACAUUUUUGGGGGGGCUUGCAUUAAUACGGGUCACAUAUCAGUUUGCAAACAAUGUAAAAAAAGAUAUGUAUCAUUGAGUUAAUAAAGCCGCAUACAAACAUG